AUGAAAGUGAAUCAAAUAAUAAAGCAGAUGAAAAUAAGUAAAAAAAAAAAAAAAACAAAAAAGAGAUCUUUAAGUAUAUUAAUAAAUGAUAAACAAAAUACACAAAGUAAUUCAAAUGAAAUUUUAAAUCAAACAAAAACUGAAAUAGAAAGACCUCCAAGAAAAAGAAAAAAAAAAAAUAUUGUUGCAUUAUUAGAAAGUAAUUCAUCUUGUCUUUUAAUAUCUGAUACAGAAGAUUCAGAAAUUACAACUGUAGAUUUAGAUGAUGAAAACAGAGUUCCAGUCUCAGAUUAUGUAACUCAAGGAUCAGAUGACAUUGUUGUAGUAUGGUCAUCUACGGGAACUCCUCCAUCUAUAGAUCAAGAAAAAGUAAGAACUAUAGAUCAAGAGAAGAAUGAUAGAAUUUUUAUGAUAGAUAGUACUCCAGAUCCAAAGAAUCUUAGUUGUUUAGAAUGUGAUGAGGAAAUAAUAUCACAGCAAAAUAAAAAAAAUAUUCAAGAAAAUGAUGCACAAAAUGAAGAAAAAAAAGAAGAUGAAAUUGAAAAUCCUAAUUAUCUACCUUUCAGUAAAAGUGGUUUGAAACUUCCUAAACCUCAUAAUAUAAGUAAAAAUAUUAUAAUGAGUAAACCAAAAACACCUCAAAGAUUAAGGAAUCUUAGACGACGAAUAUUGAAUUAUUCUAUACCUAAUACAUCUACUACAUCUACUACAUCUAGUACAUCUGCUACAUUUACUAAAUAUCCUACAUCUACUACUACAUCUACUACACUUACUAAGUAUACUAAAUUUACUACACCUACUACAUUUAAUAAAUAUACUACAUCUACUACAUCUACUAGAUGUACAGUACCAAUUCUAUACAAUCCUCAAACUGCAUUUGCAUUUAAAACAAAUAACAUUGGAUCCAGAUUUGAACUAUAUAGACCUGAAUUAUCUACAGUUGGAUCAUCUACACAACCAUGUAAUAAAUUAAGGGAAAUAGUAAUUGACGGCAACAAUAUAGCUAUGGCGCAUAAAAAUGGUAAAACAUUUUCAGAAGAAGGAAUUAUGAUAGUUGCAAAUUAUUUCAGACAAAGAGGCCAUAUUGUAAAAGUAUUUGUACCAUUAUAUAGAAGAUCAACAAACCAUCCAUUACUUGAAAAGAUGUAUGCAGAUGGAAUAGUAAUUUUUACACCAAGUCGUUUUAUCGGUGGUAAACGGAUAACUCCUUACGAUGAUCGAUUUAUAUUAGAAUAUGCAACAAUGUGUGGAGGUAUUGUAGUUUCUUUAGAUCAAUAUAGAGAUCUAUACAAUGAAAAACCAGAAUGGCGCGAAACAAUCGAAAAACGAUUAUUAACUCCAACAUUUGUAGGAAAUUAUGUUAUGUUUCCUGAAGAUCCUUUAGGUAGAAAUGGUCCUAAGCUUCAAGAAUUUCUAAGGUAUUGAAUGUAAAAAGGUAAAAAAGAAUAUUUUAUGAAGAAAUUUCUUUUAUUAAUAAGUUAAGUAUACUCAUUCUAAAUAUAUAAAUAUGUAUAUUCAUAUAUGUUUAGUAUAUACAUGAGUAUACAAAAUUUUCGAUAAAAAAUGUUUUCACAAAUUUUUUUUAAUUGUUUAAUUACUUAAUUACAAUUACUUAAUAAUAAAUUAUAGUAAUUCAUAUACACCAAAGUGUUAUAGUUAGUAAUAUAAGUAAAAAAUAUUUGAAGAAUUUAAUUAAAAAAAUAGUAGUAUUUUUUUGAUCAUGAAAA